UCUGCACCACCCGUGCAUCUACCCAGUGUUGGACGUGGACUUUGCCAACAUCUCUUCCCACACGUACAUCGUCACCAUCAUCCCCCACAACAACAAGGGCACGCUCAAGGACCUCAUUUAUCGGUGUCAGCAUGGGCAGUCGAGACACACGGCGGGUUUUGGGACCUGAGAAGAGUGUGUGUCAUACCUUGCUGCGGCCACCCUUUUCGUGCUUUCCUGAGAGAAGAUGGACUACGCUGGGAUGGCCGCACGCCUCAGGACCCUCGCAAGCUGUUCAUGAGUGUGGGCAUGAUAACUCAGGCCAAGGGUUCGUCGUAUGUGGAAGUUGGCAAUACUAAGGUGUGCUGUGGUGUGUAUGGCCCAAAAGAUGUGCAGAGAGGGCAGGAUUUCAAGAUGUCUGGGCAGGUACUGUGUUCUGUGAAAAUGGCCCCAUUCUCUGCCCCAGUGCGCCUUCCUCCUCAGCCAGACACGAGACAGCAGGAGAUGAGCCGACAACUGAAAGAUGCACUGGAGUCUAUCAUUGUUUUGGAGAAGUUCCCCAAGUCACAGAUCGAUGUGUAUGUGACAGUGAUAGAGGACGACGGGUCACUCUUGGGCGCCUGUGUCACUGCGGCAGGGCUGGCUCUGUGUCACGCCAACAUUGAUGUGUAUGACCUGGUGGUUGGCGCCUCUGUGCUGUUUCAAGGGGACGUUCUGUACCUGGACCCCACCAGAGAGGAGGAGGAGGCUGCAGGCAGUAACCAGCUAACAGUGGGCAUGAUACCCAAACAUGCAGGAGGUCAGAUGGCCCUAAUGGUGCAGGGUGGAGGUCAGGCAGCCCCUCAGUGUCUGUCCGAGUGUCUUAAUGCCGCAGUGGACCUCUGCAAUCGAUUACACACUCUGGCACAGAAGACAUUAUUGGACCAUUUGGAGGAGAAUCUUCCCUCCUCCUCCUCCUCCCCAUGACGUCCUCCUUUUAUUAUAGUUUAUUUUGUAUUAAGAU